AUGUCCUUCAUUCCAAAGGGAAUCAAGCUCAACCUCUCCGACGGCGCCACCGUAUUCACCGAAGUCGUGACCGACGAAGACGACGCCCACACCUCCCUCUACGUCCUGCUCGAGGACAUGAUCCAGCGCCGCAACAUGCUGGUCGGCUUCGCCACCGAGUGGAACCUCUGCAGAUCGGGAACCGCCGGGCUCGACCACCCGAUCGUGAUGCUCAAAUUCUACACGGAGCUAGGCUGCAUCCUGGUGCGGCUGAAACCGGGCGCCGGAUCCGUCUCGCCGUCCCUCCGGCAGUUCAUGGCCUUCAAGGACGCCAUAUUCGCGGGCGUCCACAUCAAGGAGGACCUGGAGAAACUGCGGCGGGAGUACGGGAUCGUGGUGGGGAACGCGGUGGAGCUGAGUGAGCUAGCCGCGGCCGUGAUGAGGAAGCCGGCGUUGGCGGCGUACGGGGCGAGGGAGCUGGCCGGUAAAGUUGGGAAUAGGAAGAAGAAGGAGCUGGAUCCGAAGCCGAUGACGGUGAUCUGGUCCAACUGGUGCGAAGGAGCUCUGAGCAUGGAGCAGAUCGAGAGUGCGACCGUUGAUGCCUAUGCCGCGUACCGAGUUGGGGAAACGAUGUUAAGCUGCGGUAGUUAA